AUGCUGAUCAAAGAUAUCAAAUUCGAGAAUCGCUCCUACGACUCUGUCGACCAAGAAAUGCUCUCAACCUAUAUGAAAAAAAGGGGAAUGGCUAAUUUGAAGCUUGAAGAUCUCAAUCUCUGGACUCGAUCAUUUGGUGAAAACUAUUAUCCAGUUAUUGUAACUCCAAAAAAUACGGAUAGAAUUAUCUUAACUUGUCACGGAAUCGAGUAUACAAGUGUGCAUAAUGAAAACGAAAAAAUCACUUUCAUUGGAUUUUUCUGGAUCGAUGAGGAAUUUCGUGGGAAGGACAUUAUGAUUCAUUUCAGUAACACUUUGGCAACUUAUUCGCAUAUUAGUAUGACAGUUCAUACAGUUUUGAGUAAGCGUAAAAGCAAGAUUAAUUGAAAACCAACAUUUAUAAAUUAUUCAGAACCUAUCGCUGCAAGAUGUUUCAAAAUGGUUACCGGGGAGUUCAAUAAGUGUUUCAAUAGCUAUGUCUCAAUCUAUGACAAAAAUGAGCUGCACUUAGAAGAGAAACCGGUUUCUCAAAUAACUUUGAAAAAAAUCUCCGAAGUGUCUCCCAAUCUUCUAACUGCAUACGAUCAAAGCAUCUUUCCAUUCAAUAGAGCUGAUUAUAUCACUGAAUUUUUGAAACAGAAAAACUGUUAUUCAAGAGUGAGUUGAAGACCUCAAAUUUCGACAACAAAGAAUACAUGAUUCCAGAUUGCAUUGAAUUCAUCUGGUGAAAUCAUUGGGUAUGGAAACAUCAUACUUUUUGAGUCAACAAAUCUUGCUCAAAUUCAACCACUUUAUGCAGACAAUGCUGAAAUUGCAAGUGCAAUAGUUUCAGAAAUUUGA